CGCUUCCAGGGCCAACCAGGCCUUUCAAAGGGAGCUCCUGCCACAGCCUCCCCAACGCUGAGCCCCGCCUCGGCUGGGGGUGGGGAGGAGCUCCCGGGCACGUGGGACCCUGCCUGGGCCGGGCCUGGCCGAACCUAUUCUGCUGGGCCCACCCAGAUCCUUCCCCUUGAACGAAUUCCACUGCCCUCUCUCUACCACCUACCUCCCUACCGGAUGCCUUCCCAAGCAGGCACCCCAGGCUACCUAUUCUCUCAGAGAAGUGGAGUUCAGUUUCUCCUAUUGCACUAUCCGUGGAGACUCAGAACCUCCCGUGUGUUCCUAACACCGUGCUAGGCUCUGGGGACUGAGUACAAAAGCCAAGCAGCCCCUUGCCCUGAAGAAUUGUUGCAACACAAGCAGAAGAUCCUGACCCAACUGUCCUCCCGAACAGCCAGUGCAUCACUGGACAAAGAUUAGAGACAAGGACAAAACUGGAGAUGAUGUUAGUGCUGGGAAGCACCUUUGAUGGUGGAGUAGUGGGAGACCCACCCUCACAUCUCUCCUCUUCCCUAUGAGGGGAUCCGGUCUUCUGUCACCUGAGGCGUUACAGAGAAUCAAGGCAGCCAAUGGGGUGACCCCAAGAAAUUCCCUGAUCCUUUUGUUAAACGUGAAUAGGGAUCAACUUUGCAGAAAAAUCCUGGUUUCCAGGCUGAUAAUCCCUCACAUGUAAAGGAAAGGCUCUAGGGAGCUAUAAGCUGGAAGGGACCCAAUAACUGUCACCUCAUUCUACAGAAGAGGAGACUCAGCAGUGAAAGGAGGCCCAAAGAGAGGUCAAGUGACUUGCCCAAGGUCACACAGUAAGUGGGAGGCCUGGAUUUGUGUCCUGAUCCCCUAGCUCCCAAUCUAGCACACUUCCUAGCGUUCUAGCUGUUUUUUCUCACUUGGGAAUGGGGUCCUAGGGUAUGUAUAGUGCCACCUCCGCAUUUUGCAAAUGGGCAAACAGGCUCAGAUGAGUGAGGGACUUUUGCCAGAGGCUUGGGUCGGAGGGAUUCAGAGAGCUGACACUGACAGGGAGGACUCCUGAUGCUGUCCACUUUACAGAUGAGGUUUACAGGCUCAACCUCAGAGACAGCGUUUGAACCCACGCCUCCUAGCUGUACAACCAGGGCUCCUGGGGAAUGACUUAAUUAAGCCUAUAUUACAUGACAAUCAGAGAGUCGGUCCGGCCUAGUGAGUUCUGGACCUGCCACCGACCGAGCAGCUGUGUGACCCUCAACAAGUCACUGAUCCAGCUCUUCCAAUGAAGGUGCCUCCCUCAAGGGUGGAGGGAGUUCCUUGCUGGGAGGACCAGAAGUGCUCCCCCCAGAGUGUCAGGCACUGGGGACCCAAAGACCAGUAUGCCAAGGUCCCAGACUUCAGGGGGCUUAUGUUCUGCAUGAGGGAACAAAUAUAGGUCCAUCGAUACAAAACCUAUUCCAAGUAAGUUCUCAGUAAUUGGGAGGGAGAGCUCAGAAUUUGAGGAAAGGCCUCUCCUGGGAGUGCUGAGACUUGAGAGAAGGCCGGGCUGGAGCUCAGCACUCCCACGGGACACCAUUACAGGGCUGGUGGAAGGCCUGAGCAAAGGUUCAGAGGUGAAAGACCUAGAAGGUAGAAGCACAGUCAGGCAAUAAACGGUUGGGGAUCUUCAUGGGAGGCCUAAGAUGAGAUUCCUGAAGAUAGGAGGGAAGAGGAGGAGAGAGUGGAGGGCAGGUUAGCCUGUGGGGAAGGGAUCAGAUGCUGCUGGGGGGUCAGGUGCUAGGAUGGGAAGUUUUUCUGGGAAGACUGAAAAUCACGUGGUGUGGACCAGCCUCCAGGGUCUCCAAGCUGAGGCUGGAUGUCAUGGGGAUUCUUGGCCUGGUUGGCCUGCUCCCCCAGGUUCUGCUCAUCUUUUAGAGCUGCCCAAGGAAUCUGAGCCGGGUCUGCCCCUCCCCCGCAUGUGAGCACACCCCCCGGACCUCUUCAGGGAGAGUAAGGCUGUUCUGAGGGAAGAGAAGAAAGGAACAAUGGGCUCUCUGUUGGGCUCCCAUCCUGGAGUCCUCCCGCCCUUGGAUUGGGGGCAUGGCAAGGACUUCUGGGAUGCUCUAACAUUCACAUCCAUUGUCCUCUUUCCAACCGAAGCAGGAGGUUUGGCAAAGCUGCCACCGCCUCCUCCCAGCCCUGGUCCUUGGGAGCUUUGGCCUCUGAGCGCCCCCCCCCCCCAGGAUUGGGCCCUUAAAAACAGCUUGCCUUGAUUGAUCCUGGAGGGGGCUGAGGGCUCCUAAUCAGCCCUGGGGUUCUCAGCUUGCUCCCCUCAUUAACACAAUGGCAUUUUAAUCAGUUGACCACUGUCGUGUGGUAAGGAGACUUUCUUGACUUUCUUUAAAUCAUUCACUUGCCAAUUUCAUAAAUGCAUCAUCCUGGUACAGAUAUAAAAGGAAUCCUUAUUGACCUUUAUACAAAGCUCUGCUCUCCAGCCACACUAGAUCACUGGCUUUCUCCCUGGCCCUGCCUGUCCUCUUCAUUUCCAUUCUCAAGGUGGGGGGGCACCAUGGAGCUGGACCCAUGUGCCCAAUACCUGUCCUGGGAUCUCUGACCUGCUCAGAUUGUACCGAGGUGGGUUCACCCCUCCUGAGGCUGGCUGGCAGCUCUCUGCCUUGGCACUUACCGUAUUGAUACCCAACUUGGUGGAGCACAGGGCUUCUGACUUAAAGACAUCCUCCUCCGUCAGCUGCCCACCACACCAUGCCAUUCCUCAUCUCUUCUUGCUGGUUCUUUGAUCAUUUUGGAGGGCUCUGCUCUGGUACUCCUUACUCAGACUUUGAUCCACUCUCUCCUCCCUCCAACUAUUAAGGCUCUUUCCCCCCUUCAAAUUACCUUGCUGAGAAUGGAAGCUCCCUGAGGACAGGCACUGCUGACAGACCUAUUGAAUUGCUUUGUGUUGUGUUUGGAGGACAAACAAGAUGGUCUUUGUCAUUGUAUGACUGCUUAAAGGGAAGCUGAUUGACACCUGAUAGAGGCAAAAAGAUCAGGUUCUACAGUCUCUGACUCACUGAGACAGGAGAGAAGGGAUCUGGGCACCCCAUAGCUGAACAGGAGUCUGGUGGACCAGACACCAAGCUGACAAGUGGGCCUCCAGGGACAGUCCAAGAACCUCCAUAUCUGGCAAUGAUGUAGUUGAUCUAAGUCUCUGGGCCACCGUCUUCAGAAAUCGAGAAUUCACGCCAAAGAAGAGGGAAGAGGCUGUGGGGAAUGUCCAGGAGGCCGGCAGACUGUUGGGAAGCAAGAAUGUUCGUGUCAACUGUUUGGAUGAGCACGGGAUGACGCCGCUCAUGCACGCGGCAUACAAGGGCAAAAUCGACAUGUGUCGGAUGCUCCUGCGCCACGGGGCCAACGUGAACUGCAAUGAGCAUGAACACGGCUACACGGCCCUGAUGUUCGCUGGCCUCUCUGGAAAUAAAGAGAUUACUCGGGUAAUGCUGGAAGCUGGAGCAGACACAGAUGUCGUGAACUCGGUCGGCAGGACAGCGGCGCAGAUGGCGGCCUUUGUGGGCCAACACGACUGUGUGACCGUGAUUAACAACUUCUGUCCCCGAGAGAGGCUGGAUUACUACACGAAGCCCCAGGGCCUGGAGAAGGAGCCGAGGCUGCCCCCAAAGCUGGUGGGGCCCCUGCAUAAGAUGGUCACCACGACAAAUCUCCACCCGGUCAAGAUUGUGAUGCUUGUUAAAGAAAAUCCUCUGCUGGCCGAGGUGGACGCCCUGAAAAAAUGCUACCGCGUGAUGGAUCUGCUCUGUGAGAAGUGUAUGAAGCAGCGGGACAUGAACGAGGUCCUGGCCAUGAAGAUGCAUUACAUCAGCUGCAUUUUCCAGAAAUGCAUUCACUUCUUGACCGAGCGAGAAGACAAGCUGGAUGGCUUCAUCAAGAGUUUGUUAAAAGGCCGGGAGACAGAUGGCUUCCCCGUCUUUCAGGAAAAGUUCAUUCGAGAGUGCAUUCGGAAGUUCCCCUACUGUGAAACCACCCUCCUCCAGCAGCUCGUGAGAAGCAUUGCCCCUGUUGAGAUAGGCUCUGAUCCGACAGCCUUCUCUGUACUCACUCAAGCCAUCACCGGUCAAGUAGGAUUUGUGGACAUGGAGUUCUGCACCACGUGUGGAGAAAAGGGGGCAGAUAAGAGGUGUUCAGUGUGUAAAAUGGUCAUUUAUUGCAAUCAGGAUUGCCAGAAAAUCCACUGGUUCACUCAUAAAAAAGUCUGUAAGGCACUGAAGGCUGCAUACGAGAAGCAGGAGCUAGAAGCUGCCAAAGAGAAGAAGAGGCAGGAAGAGAGACAAAAACAAGAAAAAGAGCUAGACGUGGAUCCGAGUUCACCUAAUGAACAGCAGCCAGACACGGCCCCUGCAGAUCUGGCGCAGGAGGAAAAGGCAGAAGUGAAAGAAGCCCCCCAAACAACCUCGGAAGCCGACCGUGACCCUGGCCCCCAGGACGUGGCCGGGGGGGUGAAGGACCCAGAGGAAUAGGCCCCACAUGGCUCUGUAGGCUUGCGGUAUAUGAGACAAAAAGCCUAGCCCUCGUUCCUGUGGAGGGGUGAGCCCCCCCGAGGUGGCAGAGGGCUGCUCCCUGUUCCACAGAGCCCACGCUUUCCUGGAUCUGUGCUCUCACUCUGCUGGGUGGAGGUCACAGCUCACUCGCCCCCUCUCAUUCCCUGUGGCCCAUCGCCACCCACAGGGGCCUCCCCAUCACAGCAGAAGGCUCCCCUCCAUCUCUAGGCAUGGAGUGCGUGGGUUCCAAUCCCACCCAUCAUGCCCCCCCAGCCCUCAUGGCAGGACUGACCCACCUUUGCCAGGCCACCCUCUGCUAUGUAUCACGCUCAUGGCUUUCCCUACGCGUCUGCCACUGACAGUAUGUUACAGCCACCACCCCCCAGCAGAGCAGCUGAAUAAGACCAAGCUUAUAUAGGGCAGGGCUGGGCUUGAUGCAUCACCAUUCUGAGGGAGGAAGGGGAUCACAUUUCAAGGUAUUGGACAGAAGGGAGGCUUGGAAACACAUGGGGGGAAUCACUCAACAAACAUGUAUGAAGUACCUACUAUGUGCUGGGCCUGUGUUAAGCCUGGGGGAUAUCAGUGCAAAGACAUAUUAUAAUGCACAGUGGUCAGUGGUCAGUGCCCAGGCCAUGUCAUGGACCAAAGGUCCCACCUCUGUAGAAUAUCAGAAUCACUGAAGCUAUGUCAAGGGUACCCUCGAUGCAGUUAAGACAAGGGAGCGGGGGCAGCUAGGUGGCAUAGUGGAUAAAGCACCAGCCCUGGAUUCAGGAGUACCUGAGUUCAAAUCCGGCCUCAGACACUUGACACUUACUAGCUGUGUGACCCUGGGCAAGUCACUUAACCCUCAUUGCCCCGCAAAAAAAAAAAAAAAAGAGAGAGAAAGAAGGGAGUACCAGUAAGCCACAAGUCCAUUAAACUAGUGAAAGUCACACAAAAACACACACGCCUCCCCCCCCCCCCGGCCCCCCGCAUUGCAUUCAUUGUUUGUUGCCAGUUUGAAGAAAAGCAUUUGAUUUAUCGGCACUCCUUCCAUGCUCACGGCUGCCCUCUGACUUUGAAAGUGUCUUCCAUGCAUGUGUCAGCAUCCCAGAAGAUUCUUUCAAAGAUAUAAUGACAUGCACCUAGGUGGUACAGUGGAUAGAGCACCAGCCCUAGAUUCAGGAGGACCUGAGUUCAAAUCUGGCCUCAGACACUUAAUACUUACUAGCUGUUUGACCCUGGGCAAGUCACAACCAUCAUUGCACACCCCCCCCCCCAAAAAAAAAAAAACCACAUAGUGACAGACAGACCUCUGAGGAGCUGAUGACAUCAGGGCUGGCUAAGGCACAUGCCCUCUGCCUGCUGGACAUUGUCAUGGUCUGAAUGGCACAGGGCCUCCUAUAGAUGGAGAGGGGCCCCAGGUGCUCCUGCAGCCCCGGACAGUGCUGAGCCUCCUCCAGGCAAAGCUGCCCGUCCCACCAUAUUUUCCCAGUGACUUCCAGCAUGUAAUAGGAGCCGUUUCCCUGGGGAGAUAGCUUUCUUGUCCAAGGAGCAGUUUUCCUUUCCCACAAUCAGCUCCUCAAGCUUGUCCCAAGUCUCCAUUCCACUGGUUCCCCUUGCCUGCUCCAGAGCAAGAGUUUUGUCUAGCCGUCUUAGAAGCAGGAAAGACACCAUCUGGAAAGGAAAUGGGGUAUUGGGUGCGACAGGCUGGCUCAUGCCCCUUUGACAGCUCCUCAGCCUUUUAGAGUCAGGUAGCUUUGCCCAUCUGCUUCUAUAGGACUGUCAGAAACCCAAGGGAAGAAAGUAUCAACCAGCAACUACAGGAGAUAAGGAGCCACAGAGACGUAAAAAAGAUGCAAGAGACUCGGAGUCUUCAGAUGAAAGGAGUGAUGUUCCCUGGAGUCAGCCUGAGUCUGGAAGAGUGGGAAAUCGGGGAUUUGGAGUCAGAGCACCUGGGAUGGGAUCCCAUCUCUGGUCUUAUCUGGGUGAUCUUGGACAAGUCAUUCCUGUGGGACUGUUUCUUCACCUGUAAAUUGAGGUUAGAUUAUUCCUCUCAGCUCCUUCCCAGCUUUAAAACCCUUGCUCAGGUAACAGACCCAGGAAAAUACUGUAAUUUAGAGAAUGUUGUUAUGCCCUGAUCAUCACCUCUGGGUCUUACAUACAUGUGAUUGCAUCUUUAGGUGCUACGGGAUAGAGGGAAAUAUGGAUGUUAAUGAAUGUGUGGCCUAAUGAAUCUUGCUUACUGGGGAAGGGGGCGAUCACCACGAAUGGGCUGACCACAGCCCGAGUUAUGCCCGUGGCUCAUCUUUACUAAAGACCUUCAGAAAACUGGUUGGGGCUGUGUCCCAGAAGCAGCCUAGCCAGCAGCCAAUCCCUACGUAUGGGUUGUCUUUUGCACUCUGCAUUUAAGAAUAAUGAAUGGGAUUUCCCAGCAAGCCAGUUUGGUGCGUGAUAUCUGGAUUCCCCUCUGAAAAGUUCUUUGGAGUCAUGGCUGGGUUUCCAUCCUUGUCUUCUGGGUGUGUUGGGCUGGGGGGAAGGGUCUGCUGAUCCACCCAUAUUUGGUAUGUCCCAUUCAGGAGGCUUGUGAGCUAAGCUGGCAUUGGAGGCUAGCUGACCUAGAAUGUGUGGCAUCCAUGAGGAGGCUGCCCCAUCCCCCAGGCUCUUGGGAGAGUUGAAAUAAAUACACCACCUCAUCCAAA